AUGACUGAUGGAAUUCAAUUUAAAAACAAUAGAAAUCGGGGGAAAAAUUUCGAUUCAAGUGAAAUUCAACUUUUAGCUGAUCUAGUGGAGAGAAAUGUUGACAUCAUUAAUAGCAAACUCACAAACAGCGUUACCAACGAGAAAAAGAAAAAAGUUUGGGACAACAUCACUGAGCAAAUUAAUGCCUUAGGGGUUUCCUGUCGCACAACUAAAGAAAUUAAAACCAAAUGGACGAAUAUGCACCAGACGGCAAAAAAGGAAUUUAGCAACAACAAACUUUCACAGAGGCGAACGGGAGGAGGACCCUGCGCCAAACCUUUGUCGACGGUCAGCGAAAAAAUUAUCGACAUCUAUAAAGAUUCUCCAACCUUUACUGGAUUGUCUGGAUUCGAGACUCAGGCACCUG